AUGGAAAUACCUGUAUCUGACUUCUGUUUUGGAAUUACUUGUAAGGUUGAACAACCAAUGGGGUUGGAUGGUGUGAUCUGCAAAUCAUCAAAUGAAUUCAUAUCAAAUGAUUUAAACAUUGGAGUUGGAAACUACAUAAAAGCGGAAGAAUGUAAUUAUGAUAACAUUAUGGAUGACAGCCUAAUAGAUAAUAAGUUGGGAAUUUUACGAGAUAAUCAAUCGUUGUAUUUGGAGGAUAGUUUUAAACAUAAAUAUAACUCUAAUGAUGGUCACAUUGUUAAUGCUCAUAACCGUAUUAAUGGUGGUACAACUGUUAAGCGACAUCAAAUUUCAUCAGUACAAGAUUCUGAAAAGGGAGUGAAACUGUCGUGUGGUUUUUGCAACAAAACGUCUUCAACAAUUACUGGACGGGACCGUCACAUUAAAAGCAUUCACAAAAGAAUAAAAUAUUCAUGUAUUAAAUGUGACAGAAAGUUUUCAAGUAAAUUCCAUUUGAUUGAACACAAGAAAGUUAUUCAUGAAGGUAUUAAUCUUUCAUGUGAUGAAUGUGACAGGAACUUCACUACGAAAUCCCAACUAACUAGACACAUAAAAUCAAUUCAUCACGGAAUAAAAUAUCCAUGUAGUCAAUGUAACAAAAAGCUUUCUACGAAAUAUGAUUUAUAUGUACACAAAAAAGUUAUUCAUGAAGGAAUAAGACAUCCUUGUAAUCAGUGUGAUAGAAGGUUUGGAUCUAAAUCCAAAUUAAAUGAUCACAUAAAAGUUGCUCACGAAGGUAUAACUUUUCCAUGCGAUGAAUGUAGUAAAAUAUUCUCUUCGAAUGGCGCUCUUUGCAGACAUCUACAAUCCGUUCAUCAAGGAAUAAAAUAUCCAUGUAAUCAGUGUGAUAGAUUAUAUACAUCUAGAUUUCAUUUAAAUGAACAUUUGAGAGCUAAUCAUAAAGGUGUAAAAUUUACCUGUGAUCUGUGUAACAAAGAAUUUGCUUUUAAAGUAGGCUUAGAUGAACAUAAUAAGAAUAUUCAUGAAGGAAUAAAGUAUCCAUGUGACCAAUGUAGUAAAACGUUUUCGUCCAAAUGUAUGUUAAAUAACCACGUGAAAGCUAUUCAUAAAGGAAUAAAACUUUCUUGUAAACAAUGUGAUAGGAAGUUUAAUUGUAAAUCCAAUCUAAACUUACAUGUAAAGUCUGCUCAUGAAGGUAUAUUUUUCCAAUGUGAUGAGUGUGAUAAGAAGUUCACUGCGAAAUGUCCACUAAGUAGACACAUACAAUCAAUUCAUCAAGGAGUGAGGUUUACUUGUGGACAAUGUGACAAAAAAUUUACAAAACAGAGUACAUUAAAUGAUCAUGUUAAAGUUGUCCAUGAAGGAUUUAAAUUUGCCUGUCAGCUCUGUGCGAAAUCAUUUUCAACAAAGAAGUAUCUUAGAAAACAUGUGAAAACUAAUCAUGAGAGAGAAGAAUCUUAA